CGUACCUACAGGUCUAAAUUUAAAAAUAUGUUUUUGUAAUAAUGGGUUAGACUGCAGUUAGAAUAAAAGUUAAAAACGGAAUUGAUUUCAAUGUAUACUGUGUAUUUUAAAAACGAUCAAAACAAGGUGGGGUCAUUUUUAUUUUUACCCCAGAGAACCUAAGAUGUAAACAUCCAGCAGGACAAUAUACCAAAUGUAUAAAUACGAGUAGUAUUCAGUAGUGUAGAAGGAUAAGUUACAAAAACCACGAAAUAUAAUUUUGUAAAGGUUUGAGCAAAACUAUAAACAGCCGGAGUGUGAAGCCACGAAUAACACAAGUCGUUAACCGAGCAGGGGGACAGAAAUCACCGUUACCCAUUUCGUCCAACUUCUCUUUAAAACUGCUAACUUCCCUUUUCUUUUCUUUUUUUAAAACUUGUUUUAUCUUCAUUUGUGCUUCUUGUGUAGCCACUAAUGUGUUAUUACACGUGUGUUACGGCGGACUUGUGGUUUUCACACGAGGCGCAGCAACUUUUGAAGCAGCUUCUCGUUGCGAGCCAAGUCGUCGCCAUUUUAAUAAACGUCUAAACAGCGCUCCCUGAUCGGCUGUAAUGAACAGCGCUGUGUUCCUCUGAGCUCACUCCUAAACCCCCUCCUCUGACUCCACGAAAAUGGCCACGCAGUUGCAUUCCCGCACAUGUACAACCUCUGCUCUGUAAACACACACUCACACACAUACACACACGCGCGCGCACAUGAACGAACAAACACACACACAUACACACACACACAGCCUUCGCUGACACGUUAACAGCCCGUGCACAAACGGCAGCUCGGUCACUAAGGCGGGAGCGACAACCCAACUUUCCCCCCGCGAGAAGUGAGUGGAAAUGAAAUCCAGUGUGAGCACUCCGCCACCUAGCUGCGGGGACGCGGAUGUGUCGACCGUGUGAUUAUGAAAACAACCGCGCCAAUGUUGUUGCACAGUAGGCUCGGCGCUCCGAGCGGGACUGAAACUCGGCGUUAGGGGCUGUUAUAACCUUUCCUGGCCUCAGUUAUGUAAUCAAGGCACCGUCUAAUGCGCCAGCGGGCUGUGGAUUCGCCGUGGCCGCAGGGGAGCAGGACAGCGACACCUUCACAUCCUCCUGCCCGAACGCAGUUGGCUUCGGGACGCGCUCUCGGAUCAAGCAUAAAAGAGAAGAGAGAGACCUUGGCUGGAUGAAGACACCCGACUGUGGUUGUUUUUACUGGAUUUACUCUCGGAAAUCUUCCGGCCUGCUUUCAUCUCGCUGUCCUUGACCCCAUUAACCCCAUUAGGUGCAGUAAGACGUCCUGUACUGGGCACUCCACAGCAUCCUGCCUCUCCCCCCUGACGUCUCUGAUGGACCAGAGAGUGAAGGGGGGAACCCCUCCAGCCACAAACCUAACUCUGGACCCCUCCUCUGCCUCCGAGGACUCCGAGCAGGAUCUAGUGGCGGAGAAGAAGAAGAGAUGUGAUGGAGAGAGCAGAGAUGUAGGGAAGAAGGAGGAGGAGAAGAAGGGGGCAGGACGGAAGAGGGAGACGGACAAGGGGGCAGUACUGGAGCUGCUCAUUGAGGGGCGCUGUGGGAGCUCCGGGCAGCAACAGCUUCAGCUUGCUGGCAGGGAGGCCACUUGCCCCGAGGGUAACGUGCGAUUCCGAAUCGGACUGCAGGAGAAGCGCACCAAGAAGCCUCCAAAGAUACUGGAGAGCUACAUCUGCAAGCCCACCAUUAGGACGUAUCAGAGACAGGGCCGAGGGGGGCUGCUGAGGGGGGACAGUGAGGGAGGACUAGGGCAGCAGACCAAGACCAGCUCUGUUCCAGAUGAUUCAGCCCGAGAGCAACGCUUACGUCUGGAUGUUGUCCAGGCAACAUCCAAACAAACCGCAUCUGCGGCUUCGCCGCCACUUGCGGUGUCGUUAUCCUCGUUGUCAUCGCCUUCAUCAUCAGAGGAACUGCCGUUAUCAUCUACUCUUGCCUCAUCCUCCACGCCGGCGUCCGUCCCCACCAUUCCCAGUCAGGGGACCAAGUCUGCCAAACAGGUUCCUGUCAAGCUGGGCGACAAGACAGAGGUGAAUCCGAUCGGUUCGUCUGAGAGGUCAAAGAAGGAGAAGCCCCCUAGUGUCAACGGACAGUCGAACUCUGCGGGACACAAGUCCUGCUCCCCCAAAACAGACCAGGCAGCUUCGACUGUUCCUUCCACACCUUGCACUCAGACACUCUCCGCGUCCGAGUGCAGUAAUGAAGAUAACACCACCAAGAAAAGUAACGGUUCGGUACGCACGCCGAGACAGACGGGACUAUCGAACGGCAACGACCGUGCCAACGUCCUCGGCACCUCCUCGAAAGUCAAAGCUGGGAAACACAGCAGUUCUUCCUCAGUUUCUUCCGUGGAUUCCUCGACGAGACCUCAGGUCUCCUCCGGCUCACAUAAGGAAUCAAGCCUGUCCAAAAAGGCUAGCCCGUACUCCGCUUCCUCUCCCUCAGUGGCCACUAAACCACAGUCCUCCCCAACUCUAGACCAAUCCCAAGACCAGAAUCCCACUCUGGAGAUUUCACUAGAGAAAAAGAAAGACAAGAAAACGAAGAAAGAGAGACACAAGGACAAAAAAUCGAAGCGGCAUAAGUUGGAAUCUGAUAGAGCAAAGGGUGAAAGCAAAGAGCAGGAUGACAGAAAGAAGAAAAAGGAGAAGGGCAGAGAUGGGAAAACAAAGCAUGCUAAAGAGAAGGCUGAAAGACACAGGGCUGAUGACGGGAGCAGAGAGGAGCAAAAGGCUGACAAAGGAAGGAGCGAGAAGAAGAAGGACAAGGCCGGCUUCAUCAGGCAGAAGUCUGAGGACAGUUCUCCGAGGUUUGGUGAAACAGUAGCCAGUGGUAAAACAGAUAAAAACUGUAAAUCACCAACCGCAGUCGGGCCAGAGGAGGAGGACGACAGUUGUGGAACAGUUAAACCAACUGAGCCAAGAACGUCGACAGGUGACAACAAUAAAUCAAAAGAACCAGACAACUCAAAACAGUCAACUGUGCCUCAGUCGAGCCAGCCCUCCUGCUCUGCUCCUCCCUCUUUACCCGCUCCUUCUGCUCGUGCACCAGUUUCUCCCCCUUCAUUCCCCCCAGAGCAGGACAGCCGCCCACUCAAGAAACGUAAAGCGAGACGACCCAGCUGGACCAAGCUGGUGCACCGGGCUCACAGAGCAGAAAAUCACGAAGCCCCUGCAGAUUCCCAACAUAAUUCAGCAGCGACUCUCCCCCAGAAUCCCAAAACCUCUCCUCCUGCCAACGCCUGUUUCCAGCAGACUGACUCCCAUCCAGUAUCUAGCUCCUCUAACACCAACACUUCUCCUCUCGCUUCUGCAACAAAACCGGCGUCCCCGAAACACCCCACAUCCGACCCCAGCUCCCCCGCAUCUGCAGCUUCAGCUCGAAAAAGGGGCCGUCCUAAAUCCCACAGCUUGAGCUUUGAUGAACCUCCACCUCGACUCUCACUGAGUUCGCCUUCGGCGGAGGAGUCUCCUCUUGGGUGUAACCAAGUUCAGAAAGCCCCUGCACCAGAGCCAAGCCCAAGACUGCAGUGCGCAGCUCAGUCUAGUUCCAGCCCCAAGAAGCGCGGCCGUCCUCCUAAACGACACCUCCCCGAGGAGCACUGUGGAGACGUUCUGAGUCAGGCCGAGCACUCGGACAGAAAUAAGGAUUUCCAUACGUCUGACAAGACAAACAGGCUGAAGUUGAGGAGGAUGAUUAAUUUCAUGAAGAAGAGAAAGAAGAGGAGGCUCAACAAAGUCAUGUUGACGGGGUACGUGGGUAAGGAGGGCAGGGCUGGACGGCCAGGAGACGGGGAGACCCCUCUGAGCAUGUGUAAGUCAAUCGAGGCUACAACGGUCCACACCCUCUCGGCCCUGUCCUCCUCCUUUGGAAGUAAGCUGGGCCCUCAGAUCAACGUGAGCAAGAGAGGGACAAUCUACAUGGGCAAGAGACGGGGACGCAAGCCCAAGGUCCAAACCCCCAGCCUGAAGUUCGCUCCUCAGAGUUCCGCUCAGUCGUCCCUUUUCACCAAUCUCCCUGAAACGUCUCUCUUCUCCUCCAGCCAACCCCCGCCGCCUCACUCUCACUCUCACUCUCACCCCUUCCCCUCCCCGUCUCUCACACACUCCAGUGGUGCCCAGAGUCCUCGCAGUGAGGGAAGCAUCACCGAACCCACGUCUUCUCUCCUCUUUCCUCACCACUUCUCCCUUCCGUCCCCCUCGUCGUCCUGCACCUCCCCGCGUCCGCCCUCCUCCUCCUCCCUCUCCUCAUUUGCGAAGAAGAACUGUCUGUGCCAGGGACGGCACCAGUUCCCCUUCCACCAGUCGUCGUGUAAGCUCUCCUGUCCCCUCCCUUCGCUGCAUCACACGGCCGGCUCACCUAGUCGCAUCAAAGACGCCACGCCGUCCCCCAGGAGUGAGUCUCACAGCGAAGAGACGCUGCCCAGUGACAGUGGGAUUGGGACGGACAACAACAGUGUUUGUGAGCGAGGGGAGCUGCGGGGGAGUCGCGGCAUUGUCAGGUUGGGUCAGGGGUCAGGAGUGAUGCGGGGAGCGCAGAGACAGCACACCCUGGAUGAACAUCCUUCUCCUGUCUCCUCACCCCCGUCCCACACCCCCAGACAUACUAACCUAAUUAGCAGCCCUGGAAAUGUGGAGCGGCACAGAGACAGACACAGGCACCGGCGGAGGGACUACGAUUGUCCCUCUUCCUGUGCCUGUGUGUGUCCCUGCCCGGGACACAAUAACUGCACUCAUUCAGACUAUUACCCCUGCCUGGGGCACAACGCUCUGAAGAGACAGAAAACCAAACACAAAAAGAAACACCAGCAGCUGCAAGUGCAGGAUCCAGAGUUCGUGGCCGAGCUGGAAGAUAUGAUUGGUCAGUUCAACGAGGUCCACAUUGGGAAGCGAAGUUGGUUGAGAGCGGGGGCGGGGCAGGGCUUCGAUGGAGGUGGGUCGGCUGCAGGGGGGAGACGCCACCACUCCUCCGCCCACCCGCUGCGUUCUAACAUCUUCAGGAUUAAUCUGAACGGUUUCUACUCGCCUCACCCUUCCACCUAUCCUCCAAACCCCUCCCUCUCUCCCCAGUCCUUCUUCCCGUGCCAGUCAGUGCAUUGUAGCAGGAAGCCGGAGCGCAGGCAGUGCGGCUGCCCCUCAAAGUUUCAGGAGACCAUUGAGAACAUGGGCUUUUACGGCAGCUACCCCCCACCCACCACGCUCUACCACCACCACCACCACCUGCCGGGCUCCUACCCACUUCCAUCUCCUCACCAGUACGCCGCCCAUCAGCCCCACCAUGCGCACUACCUUCUCAACCCAGCUCGGUUUCACCGACGCAGGAGCAGGCUGCUGAGAGAAGGCGCUCUAGGGGGGGAGGUGGAGGGGGCCAUGGGUGGAGGCAGCGGGUGCCCCCACCUCAGCUCAGGGUUCACGUCCAGCCUUUCCUGCGGCUGCAGGAGAAACGAACACAAACGCAAACAUAAACACCGCCACCGGCCGUGCGAGCGAGACAUGGACGAGGAGGAGGAGCUACACGGAGACGAGGAGGACGACAGCUUGGAGAGGGAGGCCAUGUCCAGCUCCAAACACGGGUCGGGGUUCGUGCUGGGCCAGGGAAACGCAGGGAAGCAAGGGAAAAGAGGACUGGGAAGCGUGCUGUCCAAAGAAUCUCCCUGGUUAUUUCAAAACAGAAACAGUUCCUUCACUUCUGCUGCGGCCUCUUCGUCGUCAUCCUCAUCAUUAUCGCCCUCUGCUGAGAGGUACAGACACAUGUCUCUCACCUCCCUGGGGCUGGGCUCCUCUCACCUGUCGUCGUUCGGAGGAGGCUGGGGCGCCCUGAGCCAGAGCCAGAUGAAGGCCGGCAGCCUGGUGGGAGGCCCCGAAUUCCGAAACUCAAACCCCAGCUGGAGAGGUUUCGUGGGGGAGCAACACACGGGCAGGUCGGUGGCGUCAGAUGAAGAGGACAAAGAUGAGGAGGAGGCUGAGGAGUCGCACCUGUACGGGGCCUCGCCCACGCCGUCUCCAUCACACACCAACCUGUUCACCUCCGCUGCCAUGGCUGCAGGAGGAAGAUGCUCCAGGAGCGGACUUGGCAGGAGCUCUGGUCAAGAAGAGAGUGACGACAGGUCGCUGAGACGGGACGUGCCGACGUGGAGAGACCGGAGACAACCAGGCGUACAAGGUGACUCAAGAAGCCAGGGGCAGCAGAAAAGUCUGCCAACGCCCGGCAGUCUGGCCGUGAAGAGCAAAAGAAGGCCAGGCCGGCCCAGGAAGCAUCCACUGCCCUUCACCGCCUCCUCUCCCACACGCUCGCCCCUGCCUCCGUCUCUGUCAUCACUUGGAGCGUUGCCAGGACAUCACCACAACAUAGACGGGAGAGAGGCGGGAGGGAGGAGGGAGGACAGGGCGCCAGAGAGAGACGGAGGGCAUGACGCGGUGCAGCAGGUGACGGAGCUGGACCUGCAGGCCAAAAAGAAGAGAGGGCAGAAGAGGAAGCAGGACGACUCCCCCUGUCAUCAGAGUGUUGCAGAGUUUGACGCCCUGCCCGAAUGUCUCAGCCCAUCGGACGGGGAGCAGGCGUCGUCCCAACCAAUAGAUGUCCAGGAGGAGGAGGAGAGAGACGAGGAUCCUGCCGUCAAGACAUAUCUGAGAGCUGGUCUUUACUCAGACGAUUACAAAACCACAGACCCUUCAUCUGCAGCUCAGCAUAUGUGCAGAGAGAAUCUGGAGUACACACCAGGGGAGCACGAGUACACACUGCUCCCUGCUCCCAUACAUGUCGGAAAGUACCUGAGGCUGAAGAGGAUUAAUUUCCAGCUGCCCUACGAAGUGAUGUGGCUGUGGCAGCACAACCAGCUCUACAGACAGCCGGCCGUUCCUCUGAAGAGGAAGCGUCGUUACUGCCGCCUGAAGGAGAGAACAAUAUCCUCUCACCAGAUGGCUGAGAGGAGCUUCAGUGACAUCGCCAGCCUGUUCCCUCACCUGGACAUGGCUCCUCUGAGCAGCACUGAGAGGAGCGAUGUGGUGAAGCAGCGCGUGUUCCUGGUGAGGAACUGGGAGCUGGUGAGAGACCGACAAAUCCGACUGAGGAUAGAGAGAGAGAGGGAGAGGGAGAGAGAGAGAGACGCGGAGGGAGACGAGGACAGGGACUACGAACAUCCGUACUGUGACGGAGCCAGUGGGGACGACAGCCACAUCAAGUCAGAUCAGGACGUGGGGGUGGAGGUGACGGUUAUCAGCAGUGACCCCGUCCACCAGGGCCAGGACACGUGCAGCUCGCUCACUGCCAGCGCCGAUCCCAACAGAACCCCGAACGGAGGAGAGGAAGGACAGAGGGGGAGACCGGAGCAGGAAGAACUCUGCAGCCGAGAACAGAGGAGGAGGCGGCUCAAUGAUGUACUUUUGACCCUUCAGCAUUCAUAAGCUAACAGAGGAAGGUGGGACCACUCUGAGAAAGGACCAGGCCCACCGAUGGACGGAUGGACGGAAUAACUGAUGUUACAACACUCCUAAAACUGUGGGUGGCGGAACCACAGAGGACACAUGAGAAAAAGGGAGAGAAGAAAUGGGCGGGUGAUGACGAUGGAGGACAAGACGUCCUCGUCACACACUGACGGAUGAGUGUGUAGAACUUAACGCUCCCAAGGGCAUCAAACCAAGGAUGAAACCACGGCAACGCGUCUUUGUCCCGGCAUCCAGAGACGGGAGGGGACAACAGAAACAGGACUGUCCCGCAUGGAAGACAGAAGAACCAGACCAGCUGAAAUGAAUUUGCACUAGUGCUGGAUGAACAAGCACACUAAAGACUGCAUGUAUGCUGAGUGGACACACUAUAAAUGCACACACA